UAAAAAAGAGGAACAAUGAGCAUAUUGUGAAGUUGAAAAUGGAGAAGACUUUCUCAUAUAGGAGGCAAGAAAUCCUUAAAGGAGAGCCUUUGAUUGCAGACGUCAAAAGCAGAUGGCCAGCUCUGUUCACUGCGAUAGAGAUCGAUAGGGAGUUCCAUCGCAUAUCAACUUUACCUCUACUUUCUACAUUCUGUGCUGCUCUCGACCAGUACACUACACGCCUGAUGGAGAUAUUUCAAUGCAAAGGUGGAGCAGCUGGAAGAAAAAUAAGAAAUGUCAUGUUGGAGAUUUCCAAGGACGACACAAUUCAUACGAGACGUGCAUGUGUCCUCAAGUCCUUGUGCAUCUACUUGAACGAAGACCACGAGAAACUUGUGAAGGAAUAUAUGGACACAGACCUCGAGUCCAGCGCUUCCAUGGAGCAAACUGUGAUGGGGGUGUAUGUCAUUCAAAAGGAGGGUGCGUGUGCUGAAGAUGACCCAGAGGACAUCGGUGUCCUGGUCGAAGGUGUGAAGGUCCUCGGCAAGUUACCAAACAUUGGGGAUGCCUGUGCUUUGUUAUUUGGACUAAUAUACUGUCUGAACCUUAGCUACCCACCAGACCUCAAAUGCACCUUUGAAGUGAUGCAGAAGAUUCUCAUGAAUCUGGAUGGCCAGAGGUUAUCAUCCAAGGCACAGUUCCUAAAAAACAAGCUCAUGAAGUAAAUUUGCUCAAAGUAGAAGUCUAGUAUGCAGAUUUUAUUUUUUUAUUUUUGCCUCCUUGUUUUCACAAGGACUUUAAGUGUGCUCAAUGGACACAGACUGUAAACAGGUGAAGCAACCAACUAGACCUCAAAUGCACUUUUGAAGUGAUUGCUUAAAGUAGAGGUCUUCAAGGCAUUUUUUUUUUUUAAAUUAAUUUUUGCUUUGUUUUCAAAAGGACUUUUAGUUUGCUCAAUGUAUGCGGACUGUAAAAACUUGAGUCAUUCACAAAUACUGAGAUUGUAUAAUGUUUAUUAGUGUUGGAUUGUUUAAGGAUGUUUACUAGUGUUACAUAUUUUGAUAAAAAAUUGUACAUGCUGCAAACUUUUAACAUAAAA